AUGGAGAGCAUAUUGUUUGUGUGUGUGUGUGUGUGUCUGUGUGUGUCUGAUCAGCGUGUGUUGUGUUGCCUCUGUGUUGCAGCGUUGAAGAAAGGGCGUUUCUGGAUCACGCCCGACCCCUACCACAACGAUGACAACAUCCAGAUCGGACGCGAGGUCAAGAUAUCGUGUCAGGUGGAGGCCACGCCCCCGGAGGAGCUGAUGUUCAGCUGGCUGAAGAACGGCCGCGCCCUGCGCAGCUCGGAGCGCAUGGUCAUCACGCAGACGGACCCCGACAUCUCCCCCGGGACCACCAACCUGGACAUCAUCGACCUCAAGUUCACCGACUUCGGCACCUACACCUGCAUGGCGGCACUGCGGGGCGGCGGCAUCCCCGAGAUCAGCAUCGACGUCAACAUCUCCUCCACUACUGUUCCCCCCAACCUGACCGUGCCGCGGGGCAAGUCCCCGCUGGUGGCUCGGGAGGGGGACACGGUGGAGCUGGAGUGCCUUGUUUCAGGAAGCCCAAGCCCAUCAUCCUGUGGUCGCGGGCCGACAAGGAGGCGCCCAUGCCCGACGGCAGCAUGCAGACGGAGAGCUACGACGGCGUGCUGCGCGUGGUGAACGUGUCCCGCGAGAUGACGGGCUCGUACCGCUGCCAGACCAGCCAGUUCAACGGCUUCAACGUCAAGGCCCGCGAGGCGCUGGUGGAGCUCAUCGUCCAGUGUGAGUACCCGGGGGCG